AUGUCUGGGCCACAGAAACCCCACGCAGAAGAGGCAGCAUCUGUCGCACCAGCCGUCGCAGUCACAGUCGACUCUGAUUCUGCAGGCUCACAAGAAGAGGCCGGCACUGAGACCACCGCCCAGAAGACAGAUGCGAUCGAGAAUGACAGUGACACGCAAGCGCCAAGUGCCGACAAGCCCACAUCUGCCACGCCUCCACGAUCACGUUCAACAUCACUAGAGUCCGGCGAAGCCUCGCCGCCCAGAGCAGAGUCGGAGGCAGCCGCCGAUAGUGCGCCGCCGUUACCCGACGAGGCCCCUCCACUACCCACAGAGGCACCUCCACCUGCAGAGGACGAUGGCUGGGAUUUCCAUUGGAGCGACGAAGCCCAAGCAUACUACUUUUACAACCGCCUCACCGGCGCAACAACGUGGGAGAACCCAAGACUCGCUCCAAGUAGCGUCGCGACGGCACCACAGAGCCAGACACAACCAGCAUCUUCGGCAGCGCCGCCUCUACCUGCGGCGUCAGCCGACGCACUCCCUGCAGGCGGAUACAACCCAGCAAUCCACGGUGACUACGACCCAAACGCGUGGUACGCACAGAAGCCGUCUGCUCCAGAGGAACCAGCGGCUGUGGUACCAUCAGGGAUAUAUGGUGGCGAUGACGGCGAGUUCGCUGCCAGUGGCUCCUUCAACCGCUUCACGGGCGCUUGGCAGGCUGGCGGGGAUGACCUGCAGAACCGGCACAACGAUGAGAACAAGUCGCGGCGGCAGCUGAAUGCCUACUUUGAUGUCGAUGCAGUGGCCAACACGCACGACGGGCGGAGUCUGAAGGCUGAGCGCAGCGGCAAGAAGCCUAGCAAGGCCGAGCUCAAGGCAUUCAAGGAGAAGCGGAAAGCCCGAAAAGAGGAGAAGCGGAGGGCAUGGCUGCGAGACUGA